AUGUCUUCAGAAGCUGUAGGGAAUCAGAGACGCCACAACCCAGUGGACAGCAUCUGCAGAAAGAUCCAAACGAUUCAACGUAGGGACCAAGAGGCCAACCCCACACUGCAGAUCCCAAAAUUCCAGUCCCGGAACUACGACAGCCCCCAGAGUAGCCUGAAAAAGAACCUGGAGGGGAUGCUAAAAAACAGGACCAUUAAGAAUGAGAGGGACCUACUGUCCUUUGGAAGCCCAGCAGGCGACAGCUUGGUCUUCCAGGUCAUCCCAGGCAGCUCUCCUUGCAAACAGUGGUCUUCAAUUGCUCCAACUCCCAGCAACGCCACCUACACAAUCUCUGGUCUGACUGCAGAAAAGAGCAGCAAGCCCUGGCCGCCUCGGUCUUGGGCACAGAGCUGCUCAACACCUGCCACCCAAACCGGGGAGAGCUAUUUCGAUUUCGCGCAGUAUUCUGCAAAUAGCAAUGCUGAGUACAGGAGCAGAUUUUGUGACAAAGCGGACGGAAUUACAGCCAGCCCUGUGUCCUGUAAUAUAAACUUCUACACCCCCGCGCAAAGACUGGAGGGUGACAAUCCCCGAGCUCUUGUGGUAAAAAGGCUUUCCAUGGGUGAAGGCGUAGCUAGUAGACUUCCAACUGAAAAAAGAGCAGAUUCCUAUGCAGAAGUGAGCUUGAUCUGUGAAGAAGAUUUACUAGACACCAUUUUUCAUGCCUGUGACACAAAACGCAGAGGCAAGGUAUCUGUAUCAAAGAUAGUGGAUUACCUCCGGCAUACAACCAGUCGUGGAUCUGAAGACAGCGGGCUUGAGGAACUGUGCAACAUGUUGGACCCCGAGCGCAGGGACAUCUCCAUAGACCUGCCCACCUAUCAUGCCAUCAUGAAGGAGUGGAUUGAUGACUGCAGAAACAAUGGAGAUGAGGGUAGAGCAAGGGAUGCAACAGAAGGUUCAUCUCAGAUACUACGGGAAAGCCUCUUGUCAGGAAGAAGAUCUGCGUUGCUCAAUGUGACUGUUGGAAGUUUAGAGGCAUUUGGAGGAGAAGUCUCCAGAGGAGACUUGGAGACGUCUGAUUUAGUGUACUGUGUCGCUGAUCUCCAAUUCAACAACCAAAAACUACACAAUGAGAUGAGAAAACUGAAACUGGCUGUGGAGGUGAUGGAGGAAGCAAAUAAUAAACUCCUGGAGGAGAAGGAGGUCUUCCGGGCCCAGGCUAAAAGUGGCCAGCAGUCUGCUAUAAAGGUGAAGGUAUUGCAGGAAGAGCUGGAGGAAAUGAAAGUAAAUCUGAACAGCGCGGAGGAGAACAGAGUCAGAAUCGUGGCUCAGAAUAAACAGAUGGAAAAGGACAACCUUUCUUUAAUCUUAAAGAUAAGUUCUCUACAGGAAGAGAACACAAGGAACUCAAUGGAUAUUGAUGGCCUGCAAAAGAAGAUUGCUGAUCUGUGCAAUAUCAAUGCUGAUCUUCAGAUGCAGGUGCAUUCCUUUGAGAGUGUUGUCUGUAAAAAGAAAGCACUUCUGCUUGAGAAAAAUAUCCAUAUUCAGGAACUCAAAAGUACCAUUGCUGAAUAUUCCUCAAUAAUGGAGCUCUUAAGAAAUGAAAAGAAUAAACUGGAAAACCACAUCAACAUGAUGCAGCCCGACCUGGCUUCUGGCGGAAUGAGCCUCUCAUUGGCUUAUAGACUGAACCAGAGCAUUGCAGGGUCCUUGCACACUGAGCUGGCACUAGCUCAACAGUCUCCCGAGGCAACUGGCAGGGAACGGAUGUCACCCUCUUUAUGUCACGCAUCAUCUUUAGAUGAAACUUUGGAUAGGGAAGUUCUGUUACUUCUGCAAGGCCCAAUACCUGAGCAAAUGUCAGCUGAAUUCAAGACUAUCAUCCAAAAAAUGCGUCAAGACUUUACUGAGGAUGCCAAUGCAGUUGUAGCAUCAUUAAAGCACGUACUUGAGUCACAAAUAGGAAACAAAGCCACAGCCAAGACUAGGCUUGAGGCUUUAGAGAGACAACUGGAAGAGAAAAGGAGCUUUUGGAUUGAGAAUCUCCAGCAGCUAGACCAACAUAAAUCUUCUGUGGAAAAAGAAUUAAUUAAAAUGGCAAGUCAUUUGCGGAGGUCCAGGACAGAGAUUAUUCACUUGAAGAAGGAUCUGUCUUCCAGACUUCAAGAACUGGAGGCUCCAAAGCAGCUUCAAGAAGAAGCCGAGGAUUGGGCAGUCAGAAAGCAGCAUGAGCUCAGAGAUGUGGCCUCACAAACGAAGCCCUCGGAGCAGCAGCAACAGCUGUAUAGAUUUUUCAUGCUGUGCGUUCAGGUUACAGAUGAGACCACAGCUCCUGACACCAUAUGGAACGAAGUCGAUGCUCUAAGAUGUCAACUGGAGGAAACAGUUUGUGAGAAACAGAAGCUCCAGGAUAAUAUCUGUUCCCUGUCAGUCAGUUAUCAGGCACUUCAGCAGAAAAUUGAUGAGCAACAGACUACAGUUCAUUCACUGAGUGAGAAGUUAUUUAAAGGGCAGCUCUGUGGAUUGCUUUGUCAGCAAGAACAUAGGUGCCAGAAAGGCUUAAGGGCUGGAGAAGCUGCCCUGCAUGGCAGCCGGACCACACUGUGCACGUCAAUGAGUCAAGAUGCCUCUUGCUGGUACACACCCUUAAUAGAUGCACUGACAUUGGAACUCCUUCAGCUUGAUCCAAGACUACAGACACAGAAAUUAAAACGACCAAGUGUGAAACUCCAGGAGUGUAAACCAAUAGUUCUGAAAAGAACAGCUGGAACCCAAGUGCUAAACAGGUGUGAAGUAUCUUCUCUUAGUGUUGAAGCUAUAGAAGACCUGUCCAUCACCAGCAUGAGUGAAGUAAAGGAAACUGCAGCAGACCAGUCAUCUGUCAGCGCUGUGCCGUUAAACAGUGACAACCAGGUGAAAGCUCCAGUGCAGGAUACAGCUCCAAUUGCUCCAGGAAGACCCGAGAUGACAGGUGGAGAGUCACAGGAGGAGACCGGUCAAGGGGGGAGAAGGUCUAAGACAACAACUGGGAAACCCAAAGAAGGAAUUGAAAGUGUUUUUCUGAAUAAAAGCCUGUUGGUGGAUCCAUUUCCAAGUGAUGGGAGUCUGAGUGCUAAUGUGCCAAAGGAAGAAAUGUUGAUAACCAGAAGUAACUUUAAAAUGAACCUGGAACUUAAGGGUAUGGAGGCUAUUGACGAACACAAAGGACAGGAACCACCGAGCAAUUCCACAACUGACUCUGUAAAAGCUAAUGCGGACAAUGAAAACGAGGAAACCAAGAAAAUCAGUACUCCAAAAAAAGACGACAAAAACAUUUUGUCUCCCAAUGAUAAGGAAAUUGAGGCUGAAUUUCAUAGUUUAUCACUGGGCUUCAAAUGUGACGCAUUUACUUUGGACAAACGACUAAGGCUGGAAGAGCGAUCCAGGGACCUGGCUGAAGGGAAUUUGAAGAAAGAGGUCAACAACUGUAACAUGCUGUUGGAGACUCUGAUCCCGCUGUGUGAAGAUGAUAACCAGUCACUGGAGAUUGUCCAAAGGCUGCAGAAGAAUUUGGACAUCCUCAACCAGUCCAUGACCAGAGUCUCAACAAGGGCUGAAUUGGUUGGCGCGAUUCACCAGGAGAGCCGUGUCUGUAAAGCUGUAGAAGUCAUGAUCCAGCAUGUGGAGAAUCUGAAACGGCUGUACACAAAGGAGCAUACAGAGCUAGAGGAACUAAAAGAAUCAUUGUUGCAGAAUGAAAGAUCUUUUGGGUCUAACCUAGACAAAGAUGAUUUGAGAAAUAAGAGGUUUCCAGGUUCCCAAUAUUAUAAGCCUUCCUCCCAACGUCGGGUGAGCAUUGCAGCCAUGCCGAGAAACAGUGGAGGUCCUGUUCAUUUUGACCUGCAAAAGUUCCAUGCAAAUGCAGAAACUGAAGCCAAUGACAAAUUGUCAAGGAGACCUAGCACCUGGAGGUUGUUGGGUGUGAAGCCAAAUCCUCGUCCUACUUUACAACGGUUCAUUAGCUCUUGUACAUGGGCAGAAUCUGAUGAACCCUCAUUAAUGAAAGGGCAUGAACAUGAAACAGAAUCCCCUCCAACAGAGGAAAAGAAAGAGGAAAUUCAGGAACGAAAGCCAAGCCUCUCAGAAAAGAGAAAUAUAAUAUCAUCAGUUUCUAUUACUUCCACAAUCUAUGACAAGAUAUCUUCAUAUAUUGCUGAUUUCCAAAGCUCUCUUUCUAAGACCAACAAAAGACUAUGGAUUUCGCUUAUUAUGGUUAUACUUUUUGCUGCUGUCAUUGGCCUGAUCGCUAGCUUUGCCUUCCAACCGUCUGCAGAGGCGGCUCCUGUGGGGACUGGGGACUCUUGGAUGUCGAUUCAGCAGCUUCUGUGGCCUUAUACUGGACUUAGACACAAUGGCCAGCCUCCUGUAUAACAGUCGUCUAUAGUGUGAUGCUUUUUAGUAGUUCACUUAGUAUUUAAACUGAGAACCAUGAUAUUCCUAUUGUAUGUAAUAUAUUUAGUUACAAUUGAGUUGUGUGGCAGCAGUUUUUUAGAACACUAAGUACACCCUUGUUGAUGUUGUUGGUUUUACA